ACCAUUCGGACUACGAAAUUGCCUUGGUCUAGAUGAGAUCUGACUUCAAAGAAAGGAAACUGUCAUUGUCUGUAGUCUAUAGUUCUUCCAAACCUAACCUCAAAAUAUUAAAUAUAAAUAAUUACAAUAAAAAUUCUUUGUUACUUGCUGAAAUAAUAGUGGUGUUUCAACUUAGUAUAGUAUUAGUCAUCGUAGCAGCUUAAAUUCAUUAGAAUGUCAGCGGCAAAACGAGUCCAGCAAUGGGCCACAUUCGCACGCACUUGGCACAUAUUCGACUGCAAAUGGCAGGAUCCUUAUGAGUCUGCAAACAUUAUCAAGAAGUAUCUGAUGGGAUUGCACAAACCCAUCUACCAUCCAAUGAACGACUGUGGCGAUGUUGUUGUGUGUAUUAACAGCCGGGAUAUUGCGUUGCGAGGGGAUGACUGGCGGCAGAGAGCGUAUUUCCAUCACACCGGGUACCCUGGUGGUGCUAGCUGGACUCUAGCUUGGGAGUUGCAUAACAAGGACCCUACCAUGAUAAUUAAAAAAGCUGUCUACAGAUCAAUGAAAGGCAAUCUUCAAAGACGUCACACCAUGGAAAGAUUGUUUGUCUACCCUGGUGGAAAUAUUCCAGAAGAUAUCCUCCAGAAUCUGAGUAACCAGAUACGCCAGAUCCGCAGAGUUCCGGACAGACUUGACCACAUACCGGAAGAGGAAGUCAAGAAAUUCCCUAAAGUCAUGGAGUAUCCCGAAGAUUAUGUUCUCAAAUAAGUUGUUUUAUAAAUAUUAUGUAUACAGAUUAGGGUUAAAAUGUUAAAUGUAGUGAAUAAAAGUUUGAAGUUCA